AUGGCCAAAGCCCUCGGCGGGCCAGGCGAUGCGGGCAAGACAAACCCCGAGGAGCUGUUUGCAGCCGGGUACGGCGCGUGCUUUCAAUCAGCGAUGAACGCCGCGGCCAUGUCCAUGAAGAUCCAGAUGCCGGAGAACAAACAAGACUCGAUCGUCGAGACUACGGUCCACUUGGUCGGCGACAUGAAGAAGCUCGAUAUGGGGAUCCGAGUCGACAUGAAAGUCGACGUCAAGGGCCUUUCCAAGGAGAGCCUCGAGAAGGUCGUGAACAAGGCAAAGGAAGUGUGUCCGUAUAGUCGCGCGACAAAGGGCAAUGUCACGACGAAUAUCGAGGUGGUCCAGCUAUGAGAAAGGACUUAGGUCUUCAAUGGGCUCCAAGGAAUGGAUCGGGCGCGGCAGACCAUGUUGGAAUGGAAUGCGAAAUGAGACUCGACGAGAGCUGCUUAACUUGGGUACCUUGAAACGUCCUGACUGGUCUUUAGCUGGGCGAUAUCAGCCAAG